AUGAAAUUGAGGCACAGCCUAGGUCCAUACAUUUCUGCGAUGGACAUUGUUCGCUUCCUGAGUACACCAGAGAUGCAUUACCUUGCUUGCAAGCGAUUGAACCGGGAGAAGCUGAUAUCAGUUCGAACAGCACAAUGCUGGCUGCAAAGGAUGGGUUACCGCUGGCAGAGGGAGAAGAAGGGGCAAUACACAGAUGGUCGUGAAUGCAAGGAUGUUGUCCAAUAUCGACAACAAGUGUUUCUGCCUGUGAUGGCUGAGUAUGAGAAAUCGAUGAGGAAAUGGGAUAAUGAAGGCAAACAAGAAGGGGCCAAUCUGCCUGCUGACCAACAUGUCGUUGUCUGGUUCCACAAUGAAUCAAUUUUCUAUGCACAUGAUCGGAGAAAGGUUUGCUGGGUUCAUGAUUCCGAGUCAGCAAAGCCAUAUGCCAAAGGCAAAGGAGCAUCACUUAUGAUCACUGACUUC